AUGUUUGCCAGAUUCACAUCUAGUGCCAGACGUCAUGUUGCCACUGCCACAAAGACGGCAACUUCCACUACAGCAGCUUCAGCUGCAGCUGGAGAGACUGGUUCGACCGUCAUUCCUCAGGACCCCUUGGACGUCAUUCCAUCCUCUACGUACAAACAGGCGCCUAAUAGAGCAACCACAUGGUCGGUGUCCCAGAGAAACAGAGACGAGCUUGUGAAGACAGACCCUAGAUUUGUCGGUAAAGACCUCUCCAUGCAGCCCCAGCCCCUUGCAGCCAUUGAACUCAUCAAGAAACAGCCAGUUUCGUUUGUCCAUGGCAACAUUGCCGUCUGCCAUGGCACCGACUUUGUGCAGGGACAUCCAAAGGUGUACAUCAACCUCGACAAGGACAAGGUGGCUACCUGCGGCUAUUGUGGCGCCAGAUAUGCCAGAAAGGACUUGGAGGGCAAGCUCUAA